AUGGCCGCCGUCGGGAUUAACGGAUUCGGUAGAAUCGGUCGAAUGUGCCUGCGAGCAUGCCUCGAAAAAGGGAUUGAGGUUAAACAAAUCAAUGACCCCUUCAUACCGACCGAAUACAUGGCUUAUUUAUUCAAGUACGACUCUUCCCACGGACCGUACGAACAGUUGGUGGAGAGCGAAAGUGAAACCAUGAUGGUCGGUGACAGAAAAAUAAAAACGUCUCAAGAAAAGGACCCGUCGAAAAUAAACUGGGCAAAAUCCGGCGUUGUUAUCGUCAUCGAAUCUACCGGAGUCUUUACAACUCUAGAAAAAGCCAGUUUGCACCUUCAGGGUGGUGCGAAACGAGUGAUAAUAACAGCGCCAUCCCCCGACGCUACGAUAUUCGUUUACGGUGUGAAUCACCGUGCUUACAAUCCACGAAAAAAUGUCGUGAUUUCAAGUGCAUCGUGCACGACGAACUGUGCUGCGCCGAUAGUGAAAAUAAUGAACGAUAAUUUCGAAGUUAUCGAGGCCAUGAUAACGAGCGUGCACGCAACGACGCCGACGCAGAAAACGGUCGAUGGACCCACUGGAAAGUUGUGGCGAGACGGAAGGGGAUGCAUGCAAAACAUAAUACCCACGUCGACCGGGGCAGCCAAGUGCUUGGCCAAGGUUAUCCCCGAGCUUAAGGACAAACUUUCGGCAAUCGCAUUCCGUGUACCCGUGCCCAAUGUUUCCCUGUGCGACAUGACAUUCAGACUCAAUAAACCAGCUACUUAUGAAGAAGUGAAAACAGUCAUGAAACAAGCGUCGACUGAUGAGCUUCGUAACAUUCUUCAUUACACGGAGGACGACGUUGUUUCAUCAGAUUUCAAUCACACAACGUACUCUUGCAUCUUCGACGCGAAAUCGGCGAUACCACAAACUAGCACUUUCAUCAAAAUCGUAGCAUGGUAUGACAACGAGUACGGUUACGCUCAUCGAGUCAUUGACCUUGCAAUGUACGUGAAUGAAGCUGAAAGAGGAAUGGUUGUCGAACAAUCAAAAAACCAAGAGGAUUAAUGAAACAAAUAAAUGUUUGAACGUUGCUCGAAAUGCGUAAGCAAUGCAAGUCUGCUGGAGUGUGCGUACCUGCCGCAUCACACGUGACUGCGAGAAUUACUGUACCGUGACCUUGAGAAACGCCUCCUUCCAUCAGGAAUCGAUACAUUGCACAAGAGUUUGCACAAAUUUCGUUAAUUUAUUCUGACGAAAUUGUAUUAAUUUUGUAAAAAAUACUUUUUUUGCAUCGGAUUGUAAAUGGUUUUUGAGAAUAAACAUGAUUUUUUAUUAACGUA